CGAAACAUCCAUUCAUAAAUAUCCAACAAAAAUUAUUUUCAAUUUAAAUUUUUUCAAAACAUUCUAGGAUCAAAUCUACAAUUGUCUGGGUGCAAAGUGACAUAUAGAGUGAUCUACAAAGUUUUUUUGCAUUAUUUACGUUUUUUUAUUUGUUGAGAAUUGCGCUGGACAGUCUAUCAAUGGACUAAUUAUCAAAUACUUAGUUUAUGAACUUAUGCUUGUUUAAAUACUGUCUAUAUUACCCCAUCAUCUCCUAUACUACAGCAAAAUAAAAAGUAAAGAAUAAGUUGAAAUCCUCAUUACCUUCAUAAUAUGAAAAAAUAAAUUAUUAUAUUAGUUUUAUCACAAUUUUUUGUCUUGUCAACGUCAACAUGAAGUCGCAACAAUAAAUUUCCUCCAAUUCGAUUAGUUAUUAAAAAUUGGUAUGGAUAAUGCCGCACGCGCAUCUCUCUCUCUUUUUUAUUUGAAAAUUUCCCGCCCGGAGAUGAGUCCCCCGGAAUCUGCCUUGCCUGCCUUGUGAUGUAUUAGUAUCGUAUCGAUCAAUGUGAAGGAAACCACUUUGUUGUAAUACACAUCUUACCACCUUUAGACCGUUUUUCUCACAAAGUUAUUGUAAAAUUAACCCUGUCAUCGGUAUAAAUCUAACAGUACCCUCAUAACGUGAUUACUUUGCACAUCGGUAGAGAACAAAUACAUCACAGCUACCGACCAUGUGUACUCUGUGUACUUCAUCUGGCAUUAUGAAAAAAGUAAUAAUAAUAAACGAAUUUGUUUGACAUCAAAUAGUGUGCUUUGUUUGUUUGCACUAUAUCAACCAUAAUGAUGUAAAAGUACAAAAUUACUAGCGAUAACCAAUUAUUAAAAGUGAAUAACUAGUCACUUGUGGACUCCACUGCUGUAAAAACUAUUGGAAAAUGCUGUCAGACCGAGUUCCAGGGCAUCGUCAGCUGCUCUUCUACUCUUCAUUCACCUGCAUCUAUUUUCCUUGCAUUCUGAUUCUCUUGAAAUUAAAUGAGAACCUCUACAAUGUAGGAAAAUACAAUUUCAUCCCCAUUCUGCUGAUUCUGCUGUUCGCGGAAGGUAUAAAAUGGGGAUUCUCUAUCCUUUCCAAGGAACAGAACCACUUUGGAAAAUUGGAGACACGCUUACCUCGCUCGAAGAAACCCUGGACCAAGGGCAUGAGAGAGAUAAUCAAGUUCCUGACCCUCCUGUUAAUGUUGGCCUCCAUCUACUACGUCUUGAUAAUUCUCUUCGGUGCACCAUUGUCGACCCACAGGGAGGAGACCUCAAUGCUUGCCAUCACCCUUACUACAUUAACCUUCGUCACCCCUAGCCUCCACGUGGGUGUAGACGCUACCUUGGGGAUUCUCUCUCGUCUCCAGUUCUCCAAUAGUAAUAUUAUUGCAGAGGCCAUGAGUUUGAACAUUAAGGCUACACUUUUAGGAACAUGGCUGGGGGCUAUCGUAAUUCCUCUGGACUGGGACAGACCCUGGCAGGUCUGGCCCAUUCCUUGCGUCAUUGGGGCACUCGUUGGCUACAUGAUUGCCCACUUCAUCACCCUCAUCAAGAUGUUGCCCAUUGGGGGUGUUUUGAGGUUGAAUAAGAAAUUCCAUAGAUAGUGAAUCUAGAAGUUGAACAUUUUUUGAUUCACCAUCUAGGAGUUUUUACACAUUUUUGAGACAAUCGAUUAUCAAUCGUACCUUUGUUGGGAGUUGAGUUGUUUGCAGUCAUCGUCCAUUAAAUUCAAUAUUAACGCCGAUCUAUUUUGAUCAUUGAAUUUUUUAUGGUUAAUAAAAUAGUUAAUUA